ACGGACCGAACCGGCGAUAUAGUAUAAAUUUCAUACCCACUGACCAGCUCAUCAUCAUUUGUGCUUUGAACUUCUUAAGUGUAAAUUGCUCGAUCGCUUCUGCCUCGAGAAAAUUUCGUGAAACCCCCAAAAUAAAUUAAAAUGAAAUUCUUUAUCCUCUUGGCCUUGGCCCUUGUGGGCAUUGCUGCUGGAGCUCAGCUGCCCGACUCCGCCACCCAGGGACCCAAUCCCCAGGACAUUGCCACUCCCGAACCGGAGUACAUUGACAUCGAUGAGCCUUUGCCGGCGGCUGCUGCUCCUGCUCCUCGUCCUGUGGCCGCUGCCCCUCGUCCCGUCUUCGCUGCUCCCGCUCCUCUGGCUCGUCCUGUUGCCCGUCCCGUUGCCGUGGCCCAGUCCUUCAUCCAGCAGCCCGUCCAGCAGCAGCAGAUCGUCCAGAGGGCCCAGUAUGUGGCGCCAGUGGCUCAACAGCAGGUGGUGCAGGUGCAACAGCCUCAGCAGUUGGUGGGUCACACCUACAGCAGCAGGGCCGGCUACCAGUACCGCCGACCAGUCUAUCAUUAACACAUUGUCACGCACUACCGACUACCCACUAUCAAAAACUAUCCAACUAUCAAAACUAUCGAACUAUUUAAACUACUAUCCUAAAUCCUAGAACGAAACCAUCAAAGAAACGACCAACAAGAACAAGCCAAGAUCAAAAGCAUAAAGAGCGAAGUACAAAGAGACAAAUGAUGUUCUAAAGACAAAGAUCGAAAAACGAAGUAUUCAGUUAUUGUUGUUGAAAAUGCCAAGUAAAGUACGAAUAAAUAAACGUAAAUUAUUUGUAAAAAUGAUAAA